GCUUGCGCCACUUGAUGCCCCCACAUUCUCACUCACGCUCGCUCGCACGCACACGCACGCACGCACACUCACGUGCACACUAAAACAUUCCUCCGGUGACUCUGUGUAGUGGUCGCCUCUCCUCAGAAACGGACGUGCUUUUGGAUGUAUGAGCCGGUCCCCGCGUGCAGCGAUGGUGUGAAGAGGUGCCACAUCAAGAUAUCUGGAGUUAAUGUGAGAGCAGUUCUACAGAGAUGUCAAUGCCUUCCAGUUAGCGCGACACUACAAUGAUGGGGAUAUAAAGGAGAGUCUGCAGCUCUCCUCUCAGGGACAGUCUUCUGCAGCCCUUUCUCUGAUCACAGGCCUGCCCGGCAUCUCUCAUCCAUAUCAUUCCUCUUCACAUCCACCCAUCCUUCCCCGUGUCAUGAAAGGCCUGUCCAGUAGUCGGAGUCACCAUCACGUGGUCUCCUAUGAACCGUCAUAUGAUCUACUGGGUCACCACGUUGAUCGCAAGCCAUACUUGAUCAGUCAGAACGACAUGCCUGUGCCCAUUCCCAUGCCGCAUUCUGCUGAGCUGUCCUACUACAACGCUCAGCGCUCCCCGUACCCCUCUGACAGCAACAGCAUCGUCCCAUAUGGAACCUUCCCAAGGAGGUGCCACUCCACCUCCUCAUCUCACCAUCCUGAGGUAAAGGAUGAGGGUAUGGCCAUGGUACCAUAUGUAGGAGGAGGAGGAGGGGGAGGAGGUGGUGGAGGAGGCUAUGGAGGUAAAACGCCAACCCGGGUACCGUCAAACUUUGCGGACCCGUUUGAGCGUCAGCAGUCAUUCUCCAGAGAUGGUUACCACACACUGCAGUACAAACGAGGAGUGCUGGCCCACAGUGGGGGGAUGGGGGCCAACAACAUCAACAAUGACAGCCCGGGGAGAAUCCGUCAUCUGGUCCACUCGGUCCAGAAGCUCUUCACCAAGUCACACUCAUUGGAGGGGCCACACCACACACAGUCCAAUAAGGGGGCCAAUAAUGGGAGCGUUAAUGGUGGUGUUGGUGGUGGAGGAGGUGGUGGUGGUGGUUCAAGGGCCAGCCUAGAAGGUGAAACUCCACCAGGGGGAGUGCGCCACCGGAAGCGCAGCAAGAGCCGCGAGCGCUGUCGAUCAGCAGAGCCCAAGCAUCGAAGCCACCAUCACCACCACCACCAGCUCCAUGGCUCGGCAUCUGCUCCAGGCUCCGGGUACUGGAGCUCAGAUGACAACCUGGAACGGGAGCUGUGUCUCUACCACCCUCACCAUCACCAACCUCCACCCUCGCCCUCACCCUCCAUGUCCCCAUCACCCAUCGCCAUGACAAUGGGCCGUUAUCCCGGCAGCAACCACGACAAGUACCCCCAGAGUCCCCUCCCCAAUCUCUCCUCCUCGCAGUCCCAGCAGUACUUCAUGAUGGACCCUUACGGCACACUCAACGAGCACACACACACCCACGCACACCACGGCCACACUCACCACCAUUCUGCACUCAAAGUCUCCCGGAGCAACAACGAUGUCAAGUAUACAGCGUCGUCGGCGUGCGUGCCAAUUAGUGGUAGCAGCAAUAACAGCGGUGGCGGUAUCGUUGGAGGAAGUGGCCCCUUGCUGCCACUGGGUCUUGUGGACGGGCCCCUUGUGAAGAAAGGGGCGUGGUCGUCAAGCCUAACGGUGAGCAGGGCCCGAGAGGUCUACACCAACAACAGCAGCCACAACCAGCUACGAGCCAGCGCAGGAUCCGGUAACCUAAACCUAGAUAGAGCUCUAGUCAAAUCUAAGGGCAGUCAGCAGCAGGAGCGCACUUGCCAUUUCUUACAGGUACCUCAAGAUGAGUGGAGCGGCUUCUCUCCGCUCGGGAAGGAGGACGACAUCCCGUGUCGGAGGAUGAGGAGCGGAAGCUACGUCAAAGCAAUGGCCGAGGACGACAGCGGAGACUCUGAGGAGAGUCCCACCAAACCCGUCCCCAAGGUCCAGGCACGCCGGGCCAGCUACCUGAAAGCCACACAGCCCUCACUGACUGAGAUGACCACUCUAAAGAUUUCCACGGAGCACUCUCCAAAACUGCAGAUCAGGAGCCACAGUUACCUUCGUGCGGUGAGUGAGGUUUCAAUCAAUAGAAGCGUGGAUACCCUGGACCCCAAAACCCUGCUCGACCCCAAAUCGCUGCUGUCCUCACCCCAAUACCGCUCACGCAAUGAAAGCUACAUGAGGGCCAUGAGCACCAUCAGUCAGCUGAGUGAGGUGGAGGUGAAUGGGCAGAUCGAGCAGGUGUGUGAGCAGGUCUACAGCGAAAUGCAGGCACAGGCCAUGCAGGCCGCCAUGAACCGCAUGGACGCCAUAGACAACAUGGACACCCUGCCUAUGCCGGGAUGCUUCCGGAUGCGGAGCCACAGUUAUGUGCGGGCAAUCGACCAGGGUUGUUCGGGGGACGAGGAAGGAGAGGGGGGGAGGCCACUGCUCCUGCUGCCCGCCUCCCCACCACGCACAUCUGCCACCACCGUCAGGACCAUCCAGAGCAGCACAGUUUCAUCUUGCAUCACCACCUAUAAGAAGACCCCUCCACCAGUGCCCCCCCGAACGUCCACCUGUUCCACAGCCUCCAAGCCAUACAUCUCCAUCACCGCCCAGAGCAGCACAGAGUCCGCACAGGAUGCGUACAUGGAAGAGGAGGGACCCAGAGGUGACAUGACCAUCCAAUCAGGUCUCAGCAACUCAACAGAGAGCAUUGACAGCAUGAAGGCCCUGACCGCUGCCAUAGAAGCUGCCAAUGCACAGGUCCACGGACCGGCCAGUCAGCACGUCAGUAACAGCACCAUGACAGUGAACACCCCCACCCCCACCAUCCUGACCAGGGGGCCAGUAGAAGACCACCGGGAUAUGUACAGGAAAGAAGCACUCAGGAAGGGCAAAUGUCUCUCUAUAGGCAUCCAGGUGGAUGGACCGGAGGAUGAUCCCGAUCCAGAGGACCCAUCCAAGUUCACCUCUGUGGGGGUGCAGGUGGAGGAUGACAGAGGGUAUCGUCGGUUCCAGCGCUCCAACAGUGUGACUACGGCUGUACAGGCAGAUUUGGACCUGCCGGACUUGUUAGACACCCCCCUGGACUCCCCAGACACCGAGAUGGAGGUCCUAUCCUCUGGUGCCCUCUCUCGACAAUACUCCCGUGAUGCUGCCACCUCCACCGUCAGCAUCCAGGGCUCAGGGAACCACUACCACGCCUGUGCCUCCGACGACUACGAUGACGUGGGCUUCGACCCGUCCAUCCUCCCCCCUCCGGACCCCUGGAUAGACAGUGUGACCGAUGACUCACUGGAUGUCAACUUCAACAGCUCUGCUAUUCUGGAGGUGGUGCAGCGGUCGGUGUGCCACAGAGACGGACACUGGUUCCUGAAGCUGCUGCAGGCAGAGACCGACCGCAUGGACGGGUGGUGUCGACAGAUGGAGAUGGACCAGCGGGACAAUGACCUGCCAGAAGACGUCCUGGGGAAGAUGAGGAGUGCCAUGGGCAGCGCUCAGCUGCUGAUGUCUCAGAAGUUCCAGCAGUUCAGGGAGCUGUGUGAGGAGAACCUGAACCCGAACGCCCACCCCCGACCCGUGGCCUCGGACCUGGCUGGAUUCUGGGACAUGCUGCAGCUGUCCAUCGAGAACAUCAGUCUCAAGUUUGAUGAGCUGCACCAGCUCAGAGCCAACAACUGGAGACCCCUGGACCCCCCCGACAGAAAGGAGAGGCGGCUCCCACCUCCAGUGCCAAAAAAGCCUCCCAAGGGCCCCCACCACCACCCCCCUCUGGCCAGAGACCGCUCCCUGGAGAGCUCAGAGAAACAGCGGCAGGAGGCCAGGAAGCGCCUGAUGGCCGCCAAGAGAGCCGCGUCCGUACGGCAGAACUCGGCCACGGAGAGCGCUGACAGCAUCGAGAUUUACAUCCCCGAGGCUCAGACCAGGCUAUGA